AUGCUAAUAGAAUUUAAGACAUAUUGGGAGGAGUAUAGUGUUGUGCUUGGACUUGCAGCAGUUCUUGAUCCCCGGAUUAAGCUUUCUUCUUUGGAGUUUCUCUUUUCAAAAAUUGAUGCUUCUACAAGUCAUGAGAAGACAGAGCAUGUGAAAAGAAAGUUGUAUAAGCUUUUUGAGGGAUAUACAAGCAACAACAACAUUCCUUCUACUACUUCCAAUGUGCAGAGUGCUACUCCAACUCGCUCCCACCCUGCACCAUCAAGUUCAGCUGGAUUAAACGAAAUGAAGCAGAGAAUGUUUGGUGCGUUGAAACAUCAUGAACUUGCACUAAGAGUUGGAAAGAGUCAACUUGAUGUCUAUCUGGAUGAACCAAAUUUGAACUUUGAUUAUUAUGAGGAUUUGGAUGUAUUGGAAUGGUGGAAGUAUACUCAGAAACGCUUUCCAGAAUUAUCAAAGAUGGCAUGUGACUUGCUGAGUAUUCCCAUUACGAAUGUGGCGUCUAAGUCUGAAUUUAGUAUUGGUGGUCGAGUUCUUAGAAGGUACUCAGAGGAUGAUGAAGCUUUCAUGUGUGGUCGAACUUGGUUGCGUGGUUUUUACUGUAAAGAUGAAGAUGAAGAUCACUGUAAUUGUGGUGAAGAUGAAAAUGAAGAUGGGGAUGAUGAUGAUGGUCUUAAUGGUUGAAGAGUUGGAUCAUCCAUUUACACUUGCAAUUUAUUAGAGUCAUGCUUUCUACUUAAUUUCAGGUAGUCAAAUUUAAUUUUGAUUAUGAAGAUACUUUUUGUUUUAGAAGAGUAUUUUUGAGAAGAAAUAUUAGUAUUUUUCUUUUUUUUCCUAGUAACA